UGCACCAUCAGUUCGUGAGAAGCUAUCCCAGGACGAGACAACUGUCAGAUUGUGUAUGUUAGGUGCAUAAACAGUACACGACCAUGAAGUAUUUAUAUACUUUUCUGCUGUGUUUUCUGAUCGAUGUUGAUGCAGGUGACAGUUUACAGAUCGAUGCAAUGCCCACCUCGGUAGUGAUUGGACUAACAACAACGCUUGAAGUCAAAUGUCACACUUUUAAUAACAACAGCUCCCAGAUGGAGAGUCUGAUGUCUUUGAUCAUCACAAGGUCAGGUCACGGUCCAGAUAAAGAGUUGGCCUCCAUUAACGCUUUCAGCCCAGAAGGUCACGUGGUGGACACGUCCAAUGAAACGCUGACAGCUUCCGGUAAGAUCGACAACCUGGGAGAAUCUUACCUGCGUCUGGUGUGGAGAUUUCCAGACGUCAACAAGCGCGGACUUUACGCGUGUGAGGCUCACGGUGUGAGCCACACUGGACAUCCGGUGUCCCUGACCUCAACUAUUUCGGUUACCAAUUCGUAUCCCGAAACUGAUGAACUGGUCGAUCUAAUUAAAAAUCUGACGUUAGAGAGUGAAUAUGAUAAAGAACGGUGUCCCUCAAACUUAAAAUCAAAUCAGGAAUUGAUAAAGAAUUAUAUGUUCACAAUCUCCCCUCCGUAUAAUGGUCGUCAUUACUUACUAUCCAGCAGGCUCUACACGUACCAGGUAGAAUCAGCUGAAGCCAUGUGUGAGUUAUUAGGUGGUUACCUUGUCGAGAUCGAUUCAGCUGAAGAGCAUCAAUUUUUGAUCAAUUUUUUGAAUGACGAAUCAAAAAAAUUGAAUUUCAUUGUAACAAUGACGGGAUUAUCAGACGAGGAACAGGAGAUUGUUUGGGUAAACCGACAUAGCAAAACUGUGGCUAGGUAUACAAAUUGGCUUGCAAAUAAACCCAAUGGUGGAAGAAGUGAGAACUGUGUGGUGUUGUACCAGCCAUCUUGGUUAAUGACUGAUGAUCCGUGUUCUCUCACAAGAAGCGAUUUCGCUUUAAAGCUGACUUAUCUAUGCGAGGUGCCGAACUAAUAUACAUUAAUUAAAUAGAAAUGAAAAACAGCUAGACUGAUACAGGUUAUAUGUUAAACAUUAUAUAAUUUUAUACGUUAUCUAAUUUUUAUUUCUGGCGGAAAAAGAUUAAUUUAGUCAUGAAAGUGAUAGGUAGUAAAUGUAAUAUUUUUCUCUAAUACUUUCCAAAGUUUCGUUCAAGAUGGUUUAUGCAUUUCAGUGCAUUUAAUGUAUGAUGAGUUGAAAGUGUUGAAGU